AUGGCAGUUCAAAGAAAAUGGCCAAAUGUGACAAGAUUGGUUAAAGAUAAAGCAGUGGUUAUAUUCAGCAAGAGUUCUUGCUGUAUAUGCCACAACAUUAAGACGCUAAUAUGUAGCUUUGGGGCAAACCUAACUAUUUAUGAGCUUGAUGAACGCGCAGAUGGUCAGCAAAUUGAGAAGGAACUCAUAGCCUUAGGGUGUAAGCCAUGUGUCCCAGCUGUAUUUAUAGGACAGGAGCUCGUUGGUGGAUCCAAUGAGAUGAUGAGUCUGCAUCUCAAAGGAAAGUUGGUCCCAAUGCUCAUUAAAGAGAGAGCUAUAUGGCUAUUGAAGUGA